UAUCUCCUGCAUGAGGGGAGAGUGGGGGGUCCCAUCUGUGGCCGACUCUGCCCGCCAUUCCAACGAUGACAAAUGUGCACCCCCGCAGUGGAAAUAUUGAGUUACCGAGGCAUUUAUCAGAUGACUGCCCCAGCGGUACUCGCCAUGUGUGGCUUUAAUGCUUCACAGCAUCCCUCUCUCUGUCUCUGACUGAAGCAUCCAUCCCUCUCCUUGAGCAGAACAGUCUCGGAGAAAACACAAAAGUCAGAAGGAUCAUAAAAGAUGUGAAUUCCAUCCCCAAAGAAUAACUGAAAAUGACGACAGGCAUAUGGAACCAACAAACAACCUGACAUUGAAUAAGCCACGCCCCCUAAAUGGUUCAUAACUCAGGUGCUCUGCACUGGAAGCUGUCUCCCAUCCGGCGGAUCGGACGCAAGCUGGUGGCACCUGCGGUUGACAUGUCCCGUCGUAAAGCGGAUUUGGGCGGCUGCAACAGGCAGCAUGGCCGGCUUUCCACGGGGCUCUGAGACUAAGUUCCAGACCGCCACACAAGACGAGCACAAUGACUGACAGCCAGACAAGCUGAGGAGACCUGUCACAUAUUGUCUUAUCAACACGUCAAAGGGUUAUCUCCUCCUCACCCCCCCCCCCUUUUUUUUUCCACGAGCCUCUCUCAAUCUCGCCCUCUUCUCAAUGGGCUGCUAACCCAAGUGACAUCGAAAUCGUGAAAAGACUCCUUUAAGUCACUGAGAAUCUCCCAAUUGCUGACAGUGGAAGCAAAAGUAGAAGAUCCUUGUUUCGAAGUCUUCAUAAGGUGAUCCAGCUCCAAGUCGAGGAGCUGUGAGAGGACCAGUCAUGCUCCUCUACUUGGCACUGCAGGCGUUGUGGACUGGCCUUUGCCUAGCCAUGCAGCACUACCCCACGGCUUGGGGCCACUACGACGUUUGCAAAUCCCAAAUCUACUCAGACGAAGGACUAACCUGGGACUAUAUGGCCUGCCAGCCAGAGGCGGCAGACAUGACCCACUACCUGAAGGUCACGCUUGAUCCACCUAACAUCACCUGUGGAAAUCCUCCGGAGACAUACUGUGCAUUGGAAAACCCUUACAUGUGUAAUAAUGAAUGUGACGCCAGCACCGAGGAACUCGCCCAUCCUCCGGAACUCAUGUUUGACAUCGAGGGCCGCAACCCUACGACGUUCUGGCAGUCGACAUCCUGGAAAAGGUAUCCAAAGGCCCUCCUGGUUAACAUCACGCUGUCGUGGAACAAGACCAUCGAGCUGACCGAUGAUAUCGUCCUCACGUUUGAAUCGGGCCGACCAGAACAAAUGGUACUGGAAAAGUCACUGGACUACGGACGUACCUGGCAGCCGUAUCAGUUUUAUGCCACGGAUUGCCUGGAUGCCUUCACCAUGGAGCCCAAGACGGUGCAGGAUCUGACCCAGAAUACCCUGCUGGACAUCAUCUGCACCGAGGACUACUCUCGAGGUUACGUGUGGAAAUACGAUAAAACCGUUCGCUUUGAGAUCAAGGACCGCUUUGCUCUGUUCGCCGGGCCUCGACUCCACAACAUGGCUUCGCUUUACGGCCAACUGGACACCACCAAGAACUUGAGAGACUUUUUCACCAUCACAGACCUGAGAAUCCGACUGCUCCGACCUGCAACUGGAGCUACGAUGGUGGACGAGAACAACCUGUCCAGAUACUUCUACGCCAUUUCGGACAUCAAAGUCCAGGGCAGGUGCAAGUGCAACCUUCACGCCAACAGCUGCGUGUUUGACAAAGAGAAGCUUAGCUGCGAGUGCGAGCACAACACCACCGGGCCCGAUUGCGGCCGCUGUAAGCGCAACUACCAAGGCAGAACGUGGAGCGCCGGCUCCUACCUGCCCAUCCCUAAAGGCACUGCAAAUAUAUGUAUUCCUAAUAACAUUGGUCCAGUUAUUCGGCCGAAUGUCUCGUCCCUAGGUGUCGCUAACCGAAAAGAAGUAGCUCCACAAGUUGCAUUGUCCACUGCCCCUUCAGUCCACGUUGCAAACCGCAAACGAGACUGCGAAUGCUUCGGCCACUCCAACCGGUGCAGCUACAUCGAGCUGCUAAACACGGUCAUUUGCGUGAGCUGUAAGCACAACACUAGGGGGCAGCACUGCCAGCUAUGCAAGCUGGGCUUCUAUCGCAAUGCUUCGGCAGAACUGGAUGAUGAAAAUGUUUGCAUAGAGUGUAAAUGUAAUCCCUUUGGCUCAGUCAGUGAUCGCUGUAAUGGCACAGGAUUUUGUAUAUGUAAGGAGGGCACUACAGGGCCCAAGUGUCGCGAGUGUCUGCCUGGCUAUAUGUGGGACGAUGGCUGCAAAUCUCGGGUGUGCGACAACGAGCUCAUGCGCUGCCAAAACGGCGGCGUGUGCAUCGGCAACAUCCGCUGCAACUGUCCCUCAGCCUACAGCGGCCUGCUGUGCGAGAAGCCGCGCUGCGAGACGGAACUGGGGGGUUGUCGAGGUCCCAGUUCAGACCAGCCCCCCCUGAGGCCUCCUUCCUCCUUCGGGUUGCUGCCUCUGCUUCUUCUGGGCUUGGCGCUUCUCUAAAGAGACCUAGUGGGAGCCAUUAAACCGCAACACACACACACAUAGCCUUCACCCCACCGACCCAUCCCUCUUUCGAAUAACCGGCAACCAUUCAAGCAGAACAAUCAUGAGCUUUGUGGACUGUACUGUACCAGCUUCUUCUUUGAGCAGCCUCAGCGGACACUGAUGUGAAAAGGAAUGUGCCAGACUAACGAGUGCAAAAACAUCUUUUAUUUCCAUUCAAUAUCAAAGAAUAUAUACAAAAAAAACAAAAUCAAAUGUAUACUUGUAAAAAAAAAAUUAAAAAAAACGCAAGAUGAUUUAACAAAAAAAAAAGUGCAAUGGACAAUGAGCCCCCCCACCCCUCACCCUUUCCGCCCCACCCGUCAUCUUUCCUCUAAGCCAUACAGGUGCUUAAGCUCCCUCCAGUUGGAGCGAAUAACUGGAGAUGACGUCCUCUGUUAUUGCCACGGCAACAACGGCUGCAGCCCAUUGACUCGCUCGAGCUGACCGAGACCCCGCUGGGACGCCCCCUGUAAUCUCAAUGUCGGCCGGACUGUCGAAAAAGACCAAUCAAAGAAAUAUUUCCCUCGCUCUGUUCAAUAUAAUGUCUGUGGGGGAGCCCAAAUGGAGAACAGGUUCUUUGCCAUUGGAAAGAAAUGCGUGCAGACUGCUACUUUCAAGCUCAUGCUCCUUUUCCUUGCCAUGCUGCCACUGACCUGUGCUUUUGUGAAUGUUACUCUGUAAAACCCUUGUUGGUUGAAGGAUUCUUUUUUUUUUUUUUUUGUCAAAUGUUGGUGAUGCACAUGUGUAAGAAUCCUCUUUCUUUCCGUCUCGCUCUUUCUCUCUCUCCGCUCUCCCCAUCAUAUUUUCUCCUCUAAUAAGCUCCACUAAAGCUGUCUGAUUCUUUUGUGUUAGAGCUCUCAUCUCGGUCAAAGGAUAGUUUUCCACGCUACAAGUGAAUAGAAAAAUCAUCAGUGUAUUUCCAGGUUCUCUUCUAAAACUGAGCUAACAAAAUAAGUAAUGUAGUCCUUUUGUAUUUUUGCUGAACUGUGACAAAAAAAAAGGCAACUUUAACGUAUCUAUACGACACCCAAAAUGCAGACUUUUUUUUUUCUUUUCUUUUUCUACCCCAUUGCAAUUUAUUUGAUUAUUUUUAGUUGUACGGGUCAUUUUUAUUUUAUGUUUCCAAUGUGCUGCAAUCAAAGAGAAUAUCAGUUUACAUACAGUAUAAAUAAAGUGUAUUUCAAUCCCACCAAAGGACAUUCUAAAUGUUAUGUUCUCGCGUUAACACUUGACGAUUUAAGUGAAUAAAAGCUUCGAAAGAU